AUGUCUCACAACGCUGGUUCUGUCAUGUUUGCCGCCCACCAGGACGCAACGCGGUUCGCUGGUGCGGGUCACGUCGACCUCAAGAACAUCGGGGAAGCGGAGGCCCGCAAGCUGAUGUCCGCCGAGCACAAGGCUCUUGGCUACCGUCCGCCUCCGGGCUCACUCGCAGCAACGGCUCAGGCCGAGGCUGCGAAGCACCCCGACACUUCUGCCAACAUCCCCGAGCAAGCCCUGGAGCAGGCAGCUGUCGAGGAUGCCACUCGCAUCCAGAGCUUGAAGACCAUUGACGUAGACAAGGUCGGCGAGGCGGAAGCCCGUAAGCUCGAGUCGGAGGAGCACAGGGCGCUGGGCUACCGCCCGCCUCCGGGCUCCCUCGCAUCGCAGGCACAGUCGGCGGCUGCGAAGCACCCCGACGCGACUUCGGGAGUCCCUCCCCAGGAGCUCAAGCGCGCCGCGAUCGAGGAUGCGGCACAUAUCGCGAAGCUGGAAGGACAACCGAGAGUCCCACUCAACCAGGUCGGCAUAGCUGAGGCAAGCAAGCUGAUGUCCGAGGAACACAAGGCCCUGGGAUACCGCCCACCAUCUGGCUCACUGGCAGCUAAUGCGCAGGCUGUGGCUGCAGAGCACCCUAACGCGACUGCGGGUAUCGAUACCGCAGCACUCACCAAGGCGGCAGUCGAGGACGCACGCGCCAUCGAGACCCUCCGGCAGGAGAGUGUGGACACAAACGCUUCUGCUGCCCAGGUCGAUGUGAACGUCAACACCAUCGCUGAUCCUGAGGCGCGUGCUCUUCAGUCUGAGGAGCACAGGACCCUCGGCUACCGCCCACCCACUGGCUCGCUCGCUGCUCAGGCACAGUCCGUCGUGGACAAGCGCGCACAGGAGCCGGUGUCGAAGGAGCUCGCAGCGGAGAUUCAGAGUCAGGAGCACAAGGCAGUCGGCCACCUCCCUGAGAGCGGCUCCCUCGCUGCGACCACGCAAAGUCUCGCGGACAAGAACGCAAAUGACGGAGGAGACAGGACCCUCAACGAUGUUGGUUUGUGA